CACUCAUAACUUGACAAAGACAAACACAACCUCAACAAAUCCCCAAUGAAUGCCUGAAAAGUCAUUUCCAUCAAAUACCUUAUUUUGAAGACAAAAUAUCUUAACUUCAAAACAUACAAUAAAUGCAAUUAGUACUAUUACUUACUAUUUCACAGUUUGGUUAUCUGUGUUGAAUUAAUCAGUCUAUACCAACUGAAGUUAUUGUGAAGUUUUGAAGAACAAAAAGAAGAAAAGGUAUGGAAAAGUAUGAAGAAGUGAAGGAUAUUGGAUGUGGAAAUUAUGCAGCUGUGAAGCUUAUUAGGAACAAAGAAACAAAAGCUCUUUUUGCAGUCAAAUACAUCUCACGAGGCCACAAGGUUGAUGAAAGGGUGGCAAGGGAAAUUAUAAAUCAUAGAAGUCUUUGUCAUCCAAAUAUUAUUCAGUUCAAGGAGGUGUUCUUGACUCCAAGAGAUAUUGCAAUAGUUAUGGAGUAUGCAACUAAUGGAGAUCUAUUUGAUUAUGUUUCCAGUCAUGGGAAAUUAAAUGAAGACGAGGCUCGCCAUUUCUUCCAACAACUCAUUUCAGGGGCUAGUCAUUGUCAUGACAUGGAAAUAUGUCACAGAGACUUGAAGUUGGAGAACACUUUAUUAAAUGGAAAGCUUAUUAAAAUUUGUGAUUUUGGCUAUUCUAAGUCAUAUCUACUUCAUUCAAGACCCAAAUCCAUGAUUGGAACUCCAUCCUAUAUUGCACCAGAGAUUUUUUCUCGUAAAGAAUAUGAUGGAAAGUUAGCAGAUGUAUGGUCAUGUGGAGUGAUACUUUACAUAAUGUUAGUGGGAGAAUUUCCAUUUGGGGACCAAAAAGAUCUCCACAAUCUCAAGAAAAUAAUGAAUCAAAUUAUACUUGCUCAAUACAAGAUUCCAGACACCAUUCACAUGUCUCAAGAUUGUAGAAAUUUAUUAUCUCGCAUUUUUGUUGCAAAUCCAAUGAAAAGAAUCAGCAUGAGGGAAAUUAAGUCUCACCCAUGGUUUUUAGAGAAGUUGCCAGAGGAAUCCACAAAAGAGGGUGAAGAUGUCGACUACAUAAAAGAAAAUUCAAUCACUUGUCUUCAAAGUGUAGAGGAGAUAAUGAGAAUUGUUGAUGAGGCUAAAACUAUAGCUUCAACUUCAAGUUUGGAUCAAUUGGGGGAUUUACUUGAGGCUUUCAAGAUGUAACUAGAGAAGAAGGGGUAGAUGGAUGAAAUUAGAUUAUAUUAUUAGAAAUAUAAUUUUUGGUGAUUGAGGAUUUAAUAAAAAAUUUGUACACGAUCUUCUAACUUUAGUUUGACGGUGGAGGUGUACCUGCAAAAACUCUGACGUUCAAGUUAAAGACAAUCGUAAGUGUGAGGUGUCAUGUUAAAA